AUGUUUCUUCAUUUCUCCUCUCUUUCUUCUCUUCCUUCUUAUUUGCCUUUGUUUUCUUGUUCUACUUUUUUCUUCUCUUAUUUCUUCUUCUUGUCUUCCCUCUUCUUUUUCUUUUUCUUCUCUUCCUUUUUCUUAUUUUCCGUCUUUUUCUUUUUUCUUCUUUUUCUUCUUCUUCUUCUUAAUAGCAAUGCAAUUAUAGGAGAAUUUCUUCUCUUCUGUCUUCUUUUUCUCCAUCUUCUCAUCCUCCUUCUUUUCUUUCUUCUCUUCUUUCUGCUUUUUGUCUUCCUUCUCUUCUUUUUCCUUCUUCUUUUCCUUCUGUUUCUUCUUGGCAACUAUGCAAUAAUAGAAGUACAUUUUCUCUUCCUUCUUCUUUUUCUCUUCCUUCUUCUUCUUGAUUUCACCCUUUUUCUUCUUCUCCCUCUCCUCUUCCUUCCCCUCCUGCUCCUCUACACCCAUCUCUUCCUUCUUCCCACUCUUCUAUCUGCUUUCCCCUCCUUCUCCUUCGCCGCCUUCUUCUUCUUCUUCUUCUUCUUCUUCUUCUUCUUCUUCUUCUUCUUCUUCUUCCCUCAUCCUCCUUCUCCUCCACACCCACCUCUUUCUUUUUCCCACUCUUCCAUCUGUUUCUCCCCUCCUCCUCCUUCUUCACCUUCUUCUUCUUCUUCUUCUGCUUUUCCUCUCUUCCUUCUUUUUUUCUUUCUCAUUCAUCCCACCCUUUUUACUCUUCUUUUUCUUCUGAUAUUUAAUCCAUAG